GCGGCGGGGCCGGCCGGGCGCGGCGGGGCUGACCGACCCCGAUGAGGCGGAAGGAGAAGCGGCUCCUGCAGGCGGCCGCGCUGGUGCUGGCGGCCCUAGUCCUCCUGCCCAACGUGGGGCUCUGGGCUCUGUACCGUGAGCGGCAGCCCGACGGCACCCCAGGGGCACCCGGGGCGGCGGUGGCCCCAGCGGCCGGACAGGGCUCACACAGUCGACAGAAGAAGCCAUUCUUUGUGGGAGAUGGGCAGAAGCUGAAGGACUGGCAUGACAAGGGGGCCAUCAGGAGGGAUGCCCAGCGCGUGGGAAAUGGAGAACAGGGGAGACCUUACCCCAUGACGGAUGCAGAGAGAGUGGACCAGGCGUACCGAGAAAAUGGAUUUAACAUCUACAUCAGUGAUAAAAUCUCCCUGAAUCGCUCUCUCCCUGACAUCCGGCACCCAAACUGCAACAGCAAACGCUACCUAGAGAUCCUGCCCAACACCAGCAUCAUCAUCCCCUUCCACAACGAGGGCUGGUCCUCCCUCUUGCGCACCGUCCACAGCGUGCUGAACCGCUCGCCCCCGGAGCUGGUGGCAGAGAUCGUGUUGGUCGACGACUUCAGCGAUCGAGAGCACCUGAAGAAGCCACUUGAGGACUACAUGGCCCUCUUCCCCAAUGUGCGGAUUCUCCGCACCAAGAAACGUGAAGGCCUGAUAAGGACUCGCAUGCUGGGGGCUUCAGCAGCUACUGGGGACGUCAUCACUUUCCUGGACUCGCACUGUGAAGCCAAUAUCAACUGGCUUCCCCCCUUGCUCGACCGCAUCGCCCGGAACCGCAAGACCAUCGUGUGCCCAAUGAUCGAUGUGAUUGACCAUGAUGACUUCCGGUAUGAGACGCAGGCAGGGGAUGCCAUGCGGGGUGCCUUUGACUGGGAGAUGUACUACAAACGGAUCCCGAUUCCUCCAGAGCUGCAGAAGGCUGACCCUAGUGACCCGUUUGAGUCUCCCGUGAUGGCCGGUGGGCUGUUCGCUGUGGACCGGAAGUGGUUCUGGGAGCUGGGCGGGUACGACCCCGGCUUGGAGAUCUGGGGCGGAGAGCAGUAUGAAAUCUCCUUCAAGGUGUGGAUGUGCGGGGGCCGCAUGGAGGACAUCCCCUGCUCCAGAGUGGGCCACAUCUACAGGAAGUACGUGCCCUACAAGGUCCCUGCUGGCGUCAGCCUGGCCCGGAACCUGAAGCGCGUGGCGGAGGUGUGGAUGGACGAGUAUGCCGAGUACAUUUACCAGCGCCGGCCCGAGUACCGCCACCUCUCGGCUGGGGAUGUGGCAGCCCAGAAAAAGCUCCGCAGCUCCCUGAACUGCAGGAGUUUCAAGUGGUUCAUGACCAAGAUUGCCUGGGAUCUGCCCAAGUUCUACCCGCCAGUGGAGCCACCAGCUGCCGCGUGGGGCGAGAUCCGCAAUGUGGGCACAGGCUUGUGUGCGGACACAAAGCAUGGUGCGCUGGGUGCCCCACUCAGGCUGGAGAGCUGCAUCCGGGGCCGUGGGGAGGCUGCCUGGAACAACAUGCAGGUGUUCACCUUCACCUGGCGCGAGGACAUCCGGCCGGGCGACCCUCAGCACACCAAGAAGUUCUGCUUUGACGCCAUCUCCCACACCAGUCCCGUCACCCUGUAUGACUGCCACAGCAUGAAGGGCAACCAGCUGUGGAAAUACCGCAAAGACAAGACCUUGUACCACCCUGUGAGUGGCAGCUGUGUGGACUGCAGUGAAAGUGACCACCGGAUCUUCAUGAACACCUGCAACCCGGCCUCCCUCACCCAGCAGUGGCUGUUUGAACACACCAACUCAACGGUCUUGGCAAAGUUCAACUGGAACUGAUGCUCGAGUCCCCUGGCAGGCCCAGCAGGGCCUCUCUGGCACUCACUGCAGCCUCGAUCUCCCCGGGAGGCCGGGCCCCUGUGGGCGCCAUGGUGUCCAAGGUGCUGGCCAGAGGGCGGAGGGCCAAAGGGGCUGUCAAGGCUGAGCAGGGGUCUGCCUGUUCCCACAGCCCUGAGCCGGGGGUGGGUGAAGCAGAACCCACAGAAGGCCCCGCAAGAAGGCAGAGCCUGCCCUAAUUCUUGCGGGUGUCACAGCAAAGCAGGAAGACUUUUUCAACUCUGUCACCCUGCCCCCUUGAGCAGUAUGUGGGAGAUUCCAGGGAAGCCCUAGACCACCCAAAAAUGAGUCCAGCAAAGCUGCCUGGCCCUGAGGUGGCUGUCCCACAUGACAGCCUGACAGGGGCAGCAUCUAGCACCAGUGCCACCACCUGGGGCAGAAGGAAGAGAAAUCCUCCUUGGGCCUUCUGGUCCCUGCCUGAGUGGGGGUGGCUGUCACUAGUGCCCAGCUUCUGCUGUCUCAGUCCCAGGACUUUGGUUUAAGGCCACACCUGGAGCCCUCAGAGUUCAAACCUGAAUGCUGGCCAGCUGCCCCAGACCUUCCUCUGCAGCCGUGGACAUGCAGGAGUCCCCUCGGGCUCCCUGGGUACUUGAAAUGCCCAUCCCAGUGCUCUCCAGACACAAGGUCAGUCAGCCACCAGCUUUGGGGGAUAAUUUAGUGGCCUUGAGCCCGUGGAAAGGCCAAGUAGGCCACCAAGCCAGAUGUGCUGUCUGAAUUCCCCUAUCCAUGCUUCCGUCUCCUUUUCUCCGAGGCAACUCUCUGCCUCAAGAUGGGGGCAGGGGUGCCACGAGGUGCCCCGCUCCCAGGGGCUGGAGACCUCCGCAACGGACUAUGGGCAGGACACCAAGCCUCUGGCUUCAGCAUGGUUUGAGUUCUCACAGACCUCUAGCAUUUCCCAAGAACUCGGAUUCCACCCCACACUAGAAUGUUCCACAGGAUUCUGUACUCUAGCAUCAGGUGUGGACUUCUAGAAUGCUGUGAUCCAAGUUGCAGCCGGGUGUGAUGCAGCCAAGGCAGCCCCAGGCCUCGAGACCCUGAACCCCAAGGUCAGAGGCAUAGGAAGAGGGAGUGCGGGACCUGGUCCAUCACAGUACCACGGUCUCAGCAAAGACCAGGGCCCCGGAGCCGCAUCUGAGUGGAGAACCCCAUGUCCCAUGACCAGAUGUACACUCAGCUCCACACCAGCCCUUCACGUUUACCUGUCACUGUGUAACUGCACAUCAGACUUCCAGAGGGUUCUGUAACAACCUGCCACCCACUGAUUCAUAAGUGAAAAUUGCAUUCCAUAACUAUAGCUUCCACCAGCUGGCCCAGAAAGUACUUGAAAUCAGUAUCCCAAUUAGAGUUGGGUCACUUGGCUGUAUCCUCAACUGUUAAGUAGCUGAGACAUAAAUCUUGGAUCGAGCCACGAAUCUGCCUCGGAGAUGCUGGCUGACCUCAGAGCCAUCCCUCGCCCCAGACUGACAUGUAGCAGGCGAAGGACCACUUCCACUGCGGCCCUUGCGCCUGACAAGUUUGCUUGUCGAGCCCUCCUGCCUUUUCCCAAAUGAGUGCCAUAUCUCUAGAAGUGGUCCCUAUGGAAAAGACUCCAAAGCGAGGCUCCUUCUAGAUUCUAGAAUGAGGAUCACCAGAGCACUGCAAUUUGGGGACCUGCAUCAUCAGAGAGCAAUGCAGCAGCAUCAUUAAAGUAAAAACUGUGCCUUUUAAAAAAAGAAAAAAAUGCAAAUGUACAGCAAAUCCCUAAACUUGAACCAUUUCCUAGUGCCUUGCUAGACAACUGUACAGGGGAGGGUGGCAAGGGGGUGUUUUGGUGGUGUGUGCAGUUCCUGUUGGGUGGGUGCCUUCCUCAGUGUCUGACUGCAAGCAGGAGAUGUGGGACCUAGACCGAGGUCUGAGAUUGAGUGGCCCCAAGGGCAGAAGCCAGAGUGGUCCCCAUUGGGGCAGGAAUACUUCAAACAGAAGGGCGACUCAGCAGCAGCUCCAGUCCAUGGCCUGGAAGGGCCUUGGCAGCCGAGGGGAAGCUGUGUGUUGCCUCUGUGAGCCCUGUUUGGGGCCAGGCCUGAGGCUCCCCAUUCCAGGCCCCACACCCAUCCUUCACCAUUUGGAUCUGGGUGUUCAGCGAGCUGGCUAGGUUUCCAAGUGGCCCCACUCCAAAUGGCUGGCAGUGUUCUCGGCGAGAUCAGGAUUCCUGUGCAGGGCCUCCUCCUCCCUGGCCUUUGGUUCUCCUUUCUGGUCCGGUCACACCCUGAACAGAGUUGGGUAUGUCCACUGACCUCGGCUGUUUGUCACUGCUGAGCUCUCAUCAGUAAGUCCUGACCUCUGCCCAUGUAGUAGAGGAAGGACAGAAUUUUAUUGUUCACUUCUGUUGCCUGAUUGCAAAUACUAAACCCCUCGUUUUUGGAAGCCACCUAUCUGAAGGAUUCGGGUCUCUGCUCACAUCCCGCUGAGCCUGUACAGAUACCACUGGCCAAGUCACAGGUGAGAACGUGGGCUCCUUUUCCUCCAGAACUUCCAUUUGGUGGAAGUCACAAAAUGAGUGUGGCUAAACAGUAAGGUGGCCAGGUGACCCACCUUUCCCAAGGGCCCUCCAGAAGCACCCCUAAUGCCAAGAAUGUGUGUUGUCCAUGCCAGGCCUUUGGAGGUGUCUGGCUUUGCAGAUGCGUACGUGAGGAGCAUUCUGUCUUGUCCUCCACUGGGAGCUUUCGACUUUGAAAACAGUCCAGAAACCAUUGAUUCUUCCCUUCGGGAAGAAACAGCUCUGAGGCAGCAGGGGGACAUCCACAGGGCAGAUCUGGGGAAGGAUGCGAUGCUAGGCCAGGGAGAAAGAGUUUUAUUAAAGAUGCAGCAUGGAGAUUUCCAAAGUCCACAUUCCAUUCUCUCUUCAGACCUCCUGUCUAUUGAAUGCCUUUUUCAAUUUAAGAAACAGGUGUUGUCCUUGAAAAUGGCUUCAGAUUUCUCUCUGUGCAUCUCCAUUAUUCAAGUCUCUCGAGUCUCAAAAGAACAGCAGGAGUGUUUACAGUAGUAAUUGAAAACUGGGAUGCCCAGUGAUCUGUUGUAAUUUCCAGAACCAACAGACUGGACGAGGGCAGGAACUGCAGUUCUGUUCUAGAAUCUUUUCUCUCCCUCAGUUGAUGCUCUGUAAAAAUCCCGAGUAACAUUUUAGUUUAGACUUGACCUUGAGCCGAGAGGCCCACUGCCACCUCGGGUGAGGGGGACCCACAAACCAAGAGACAAGGCCAGCUUAGCCUCUGCUCCUGAAAUGGCAGACAGGGCCAGGCCUCCGCUCUGUUACUGGCUUGAAGGCCAGGCCCCUCGGGGGCUGCAGGUAGGGCUCCUGGGGAAUUCAGACAGUAACUGCGUGCAGAAAACCGAAGGCCACCACCCUCUCUCCUGCCUGGGAAAGCGAGCCUUUGUGAAGAAUGACUUCCUGUGUGUAACUGUGACUGUGAUCGCUGUCGGGUAAACUUGCAGACUUUCUCUAAA